AUGACUGCAGGGCUGGAAAUCGAACCACCGACCUUCCAAUUGGUAGACGACUCUACCUCAGAGCCACAGUUGCCUCUAGUUGUCCUCACCAUACUGGGACCGGGUGGGGGCAGACCUUGGCCAAAUCCUCCUAACUCCAAUUCGACCCGCUACUCUUCUGCAUCUCCAGGAAAUUAUGUGGGACCACCAGGAGGAGGGGGGGCACCUGGGUCCCCAAUAAUGCCAAGUCCAGCAGAUUCAACCAACUCUGGAGACAACAUGUACACGAUGAUAAACACAGUCCCUCCAGGUGGAAGCCGACCAAACUUCCCAAUGGGUGCAGGUGGCGACGGUCCAUUAGGGGGGAUGGCUGGGAUGGAGCCCCAUCACAUGAAUGGAUCACUAGGGUCAGGUGAUAUGGACAGCCUCCCUAAGAACUCUCCUGGUAACCUUAGCAUGAGUAACCAGCCUGGGACCCCCAGGGAGGAUGGAGAGAUGGGAGGAAACUUCCUAAACCCUUUUCAGAAUGAAAGUUAUUCUCCAAACAUGACGAUGAGUGUGUGAAGGCUCUGAAGCAGGUUCGGUUCAGCCGCCCAUCAUGCUGGGGUGCAUCCGUGAAAAGCAGCAGGACAGGAUGUGAUGUCAUCUAGGCCAGUGACUCUUCCUCCACCACAACCUGCCAUGUCAGGCAGUCACCCCCCGCUCCGUCCUCCUACUAACCCCCGACCCCCCCCC